ACCAAUUACAGCUUCACAAUAUCAUCACCAUUUAUCUUGGAAUAUAAAACAAGACCAACCUUCACAAUGAGACCAAUCCAAAAGCAAUAUUGAGAGAGUGGAGUUGAGAUCUGUUCCAAGUUAACCAAAACUACUAAAGAUUAAUACUUCAUUAUUUCAACAUUCAGAAAAUGGAGGCAAAAGCAAAUGGUUAUGUGCAACUGAAGAAUGAAUUGAUUGAAAUGCUUGAAAGAGUGGUUCUUCCAGAAGUGUCUCGAAUCAAUGAGCAAUACAUCUAUAAAGUAUCACAAAAAAUUCGCCAACAUAAUCCACAAGCUUAUACGCCUCAAAUUAUUUAAUUGGUCCUUUUCACAAUCCACAUGGCUCAAUUAGUGACAACAACAUUUUGCAUCAAAUGGAAGAACUCAAACUCAAAUAUCUCAAGGGAUUUCUAACUAGAACACAUCUGUGUGUGGUUGAUUUUGUUCUAAAACUUCAAGAGUGGGAAAGUAGAAUUCGAGGUUGUUAUGCAGGGCUUGAUAGCUUUAACAACAACGAUUUCUUAAAAAUCAUUAUAAUUGAUGCAUGCUUCAUAAUUGAACUUUUUCUUAGAUGUUAUUUUAGAAACGCAUAUUGUUUGAAAAAUGACCCUAUAUUAUCAAAACCUUGGUUACUUGAUGACAUUAUUCGUGACUUAGUAUUACUUGAAAACCAGCUACCCUAUUUUGUUCUUGAAGACAUAUACAAAUUAGCUGGUUUAAAUCCUGAAUUUCCCUCAUUUACUACAAUUACUAUACAUUAUUUUCAACAUUUCAACGUACAGAACAUAAACUCAGAAAGAGCGCAAUGUCCAAAACACUUCACAGAUCUUCUAAGAACAUUUUUGCUGCCAUUAUCAUUUGAUUUUGUACAAGAAGUGGGAAAUGCAAUUGAACAUGUAUACAGUGUGAGCCAAUUAUCAGAAGCAGGAUUAGUAUUUCAAGUAAGUGAAAGUAAAUGCUUACUUGACUUGGAAUUUGAUAAGGGCGUCUUGAAAAUGCCAUGCUUUCAUGUUUAUGAUUCAACAGAGAUGUACAUGAGGAAUAUAUUGGCAUUUGAAGAAUGUAACUAUUCAGGUCAAAACUACAUUACUCAGUACUUAAUUAUGUUAGAUUUUCUUAUUAAUAGCGAAAAGGAUGUGAGCAUCUUAGUUGAAAAGGGAAUUAUUGUCAACUGGAUGGGUGAUGCUAAUGCAUUGGAUACAAUGAUCAACAAUCUUUGCAAAAAUAUCUCAAUGUAUAGAUUCAAUUCAAAAUAUCGAUCUCUAUGCAAGGGGUUAAAUGGUUUCUAUGAAAACCCUAGGAAUAAAUAUAAGGCUAUCUUUGUUCAUGAGUACUUCAACACUCCUUGGAAAAUAGCUUCAACUAUUACUGCUGUAUUGCUGCUUCUGUUUACUUUCAUCCAGGCUGUAUGUUCGAUCUGGUCAUUAUUUAAAUAAUGAUACAAUUAAUAUUAUGUAAUAUGUUAAUCCUUAGCUACUUUGCAAAUUACAAUGUCCCUUGUUAGUACAUCGAUUUUCUUACUAGUUUUUCUUGGGUGCAAUGGAGAAUUCAAAACUACACUGAUUAUACAUUAUUGUUGGAUUUA